CCGACCAUCCGAUAGUUCUCGACCACCAGUCCUGGAGGUUAAGAGACUGUCGCCCGAGGAAAUAAAGCGCCGACGUGAGAAGGGACUCUGUUUCAAGUGCGACGAGAAAUUUAUGCCUGGCCAUCAAUGCAAUCAGGCUUUUGUCAUCCACUUCAUCGAUAAUGAAGAGCCCGAGAUCGAGGAGGAUUGGGACCAAGAAGUCGAGAUUGGGGUUCCCGAAGAGGAGGCCGAGAUCUUGAUGCAUGCGAUGGCUGGUACAAGAGGACCGACGACGAUGCUGCUGCCGGCGUUGGUCAAAGACCGUCGUGUAGUCGUGCUAGUAGACAACGGAUCGUCGCACAACUUCAUCAACACCGAUCUAUCUCAAAAGUUGAAGUUUCCAACGAUGAAGGUCGAACCAUUUGAGGUCCGAGUAGCCAAUGGAGAACAGCUAAAGUGCUCGGAGGCUUACCGUGCGAUACCGAUUAAAUUUCAAGGAGUCACCAUCAAAGCCGAUCUCUAUGCGCUACCCUUGGUGGGACCCGACGUUGUGUUAGGAGUACAAUGGCUUGAAGGUUUAGGAAAGAUGACCACCGACUACCGGAUGGGAGUCAUGGAGUUCGACUCAGGAGAGCACCGGGUCACGUUAAAAGCAAGCAAAGAUAGCAGAGCCAAGGAGUUUGGUCUCAAGAGUAUUGAGCGGGUUUGGCAUGAUGGCGGUCAGAUUUUUACCGUCGAGGAAGUAGGCGCAUACGCGAGCAUGGUCGAGCAUGUCUCGACGGAAUAUGAUGGCCCACCUAUCUUCGACGUGUACCUCGAGGAUGAACUCAUGGACGACGAAGUAUUCGAGGAAGCUGAGAUCAUGGAAACUGAGGUCGAAGGCGAGGUGCCCGAGGAUUGGACGAUCGAGCUGCAGCAAUCUGAGAUACGCGAGUUGGUUAGAGCAUCCAACCACAUACUAGGCGAGUCCGAUAAAGAAGAAGGCCGAGUCGACGGGAA